AUGAUUGGACAAAAUCAGACCCAGGUGACUGAAUUCAUCUUUUCAGGAUUCACAGAGCAUCCAGAAUUACAAGUUGUUCUCUUUAAUAUAUUCUUGAUGAUUUAUAUCAUCACACUGAGUGCAAAUCUUGGAAUGAUCCUGUUGAUCAAGAUGGAUCCCCAGCUGCAUACUCCAAUGUACUUCUUCCUCGGCCAUUUGGCAUUCUUGGAUGCCAGCUAUUCUUCAACCGUUACGCCCAAGGCAAUGGCAGAUUUUUUAGCUGACAAGAAAACCAUUUCAUGGGCUGGAUGUCUUAUACAAUUUUUUAUGUUUGUUGCAUUGGUGACCACUGAAUUGUUUUUGCUAUCAGUCAUGGCAUAUGAUCGAUACGUGGCCAUUUGCCAUCCAUUGCUUUAUUCCAGAAUUAUGUCCAAAAAGUGCUGUGUUUCCUUGGUAGUUGGCGUCUAUAGCUAUGGAUUUGUGAACUCCAUAAUCCAGACAGCAUUAACAUUCCAAUUAUCCUUCUGUGGUCCAAAUUUAAUUAACCACUUUUACUGCAAUGACCCACCACUUCUAGCUUUAUCCUGCUCUAACACUCAGCCAAAAGAAAUCCAGCUUUUUGCCUUGAGUACUAUCAAUUUAACUGGAUCCCUCUUCACAGUCAUCAUCUCCUAUAUCUAUAUUCUGAAUGCCAUCUUUAGAAAACAUUCUACUAGCGGAAGGCACAAAUUCACAUAA